AUGCAAAUCUUUGUGAAAACUUUGACUGGCAAAACAAUCACACUCGAAGUCGAGCCAAGUGAUACCAUCGAGAAUGUUAAAGCUAAAAUUCAGGACAAAGAAGGUAUCCCACCUGAUCAGCAACGUCUUAUCUUCGCCGGUAAACAAUUAGAAGACGGCCGAACACUCAGCGACUACAACAUUCAAAAGGAAUCAACUCUCCAUCUGGUUCUUCGUUUACGUGGUGGCAUGCAAAUCUUCGUCAAAACACUCACAGGCAAAACAAUCACGCUCGAAGUCGAGCCAAGUGAUACCAUCGAGAAUGUUAAAGCUAAAAUCCAAGAUAAGGAAGGUAUCCCACCAGAUCAACAACGUCUCAUCUUCGCCGGCAAACAAUUAGAAGACGGUCGAACACUCAGCGACUACAACAUUCAAAAGGAAAGUACGCUCCAUCUCGUACUCCGACUUCGUGGUGGCAUGCAAAUUUUCGUCAAAACACUCACAGGCAAAACAAUCACACUCGAAGUUGAACCAAGCGACACGAUCGAAAACGUUAAAGCUAAAAUCCAAGAUAAGGAAGGUAUCCCACCAGAUCAACAACGUCUCAUCUUCGCCGGCAAACAGCUUGAAGAUGGCCGCACGCUCAGCGACUAUAACAUUCAAAAAGAAUCAACUCUCCACCUGGUACUUCGCUUACGUGGUGGUAUGCAAAUCUUCGUCAAAACACUUACAGGCAAAACGAUCACGCUCGAAGUCGAGCCAAGUGAUACCAUCGAGAAUGUUAAAGCUAAAAUUCAGGACAAAGAAGGUAUCCCACCAGAUCAGCAACGUCUCAUUUUCGCUGGCAAACAAUUAGAAGACGGUCGCACACUCAGUGACUAUAACAUUCAAAAAGAAUCAACUCUCCAUCUGGUUCUUCGGCUCCGUGGUGGUGACAUGCAAUAA